CACAACCUUUGUCACCAAUCACAAAGGCGGCGGAGUCACGGCUGCUCCUCGUGGAAUCGAAGAAGGAUCUCGAAUCCGCAUAGUGCGCGGUCUCGAUUGGAAGGUUUUUGCUUGUUCCGAUCGAAAGUUUGAGAGGCGAUUUGCGGCAUUUCUAAUGUCCGCGGUACGCCAGUAAGCCAGCUUUGUGUACAGUAAGCUCGGGUACAGUAAGGGCUUCGUGAAGAUGUGAAUGAGUUCAAUGUUUUGUUGAGAGAGCUUAUUGAAUUGGAUGUAGGAAGUUGGGUUUGCGAGGUGCGGACCAAUUUCGGUUGUGGAGAGAAGGAGGCCAUCGAGUGACGCAAGUAUGGAUUUACAGGGUAAGGAAUUGGAGGAUGCCUUCGACGAUUUCUUGCAAACACCUAUUUUAGGAAGGAAGAAGAAGAAGCCUGAAUUGGACAUAGAAGCGGGAGGAGAGGAUCUCGAGCAAGGGAAAAUUCGAGUGAAUGUGGAGCCUCAUCAGGCAGCUAGCAGAGGAGAUGCUUCAGCGAAGAUGGGUCCAUCCGGAGAAGCGAUUUGUGGUGGCGGUCAGAGCCAAAGCAUGCAGCCUCAAGUGGUUUGGGGUUUUUGCCUCCUGCGAGGGUUACCCGGGCGUCCCAUGGGAGACCUGCAUGUGGCUGAAAUCCGGAUUAUCCAUGGCAAGGAGUUUUUUAUUCAAUCUUGUGGAGGUUACUUUGGUGGAAGUUUAUUUCUCUCUCUUGAGCUUGACGGGAAGGUCGCGUUCUUUGGCAUCUUCGACUCCCACAACGGUGAUGCUGUUGCGAAACAAUUGCAGAAAAACCUAUUCAAUAACAUUGUCAAUGAGGGGGGUGUAUGGUCAGAUCCGGCAGGUGCUACUCGAGAUGCGUACCUCCUUACCGACCGACACAUCUUGGAUUCCACAGAGAAAGGAGGAAGCACUGCUGUGACCGCUAUGGUGUGCGAGCUCGGCGGCCGUUUGAUUGUGGCCAAUUUGGGUGAUUCUCGCGCUGUUUUAUGUAAGAAUGGCAAGGCCGAGCUAGUAUCGGUGAAACAUGACCCAACGCGGCCCGUAGAGAAAGCAAACAUCGAAACUCGAGGCGGCCAUGUGACACGUUUUCCAGGGGAUCAGUUGCGAGUGGAUGGAAAGCUGGCAGUAACACGAGCGUUUGGGGACAAAGAAAUGAAGGAGCAUAUAAGUGCCAGACCCGAUGUAGCUGAUAUUGUCAUAGACCUAUCUUGUCACUUUCUCGUGCUGGGAAGCAAUGGUUUGUUUUCAAUGUUUGAUGACCAAGAAGUUGUAGACAGUGUGAAAGAAACUGAUGAUCCUGUCAAAGCUGCACGUCAGCUUGUGGAAGAAGCGCGGCGGCGGCUAUGUGAAGAUGAUAUUUCAUGCAUUGUGGUCAAAUUUCAGGAGGUGUGAAGUGUGUAGCUUCGUAGUUAAGUGCUUGGAGAUGAGGUCAGAAUGUUCUGACAACAAAUACCAUAAUAUACAGUCUGCGUGUCCAGAAGUUUGAUCACACAAUUAAUCUUUCCAAUCUCUUAUCCCUAAUGUGCUCUUAUUUAUUUAUUUAUUUAUGAAUAGUAUUUGGUAGCUUUCAAAGCUGUUCACAACAUCGCUGUGAGCGAUUUGUGAGCCAGUUUGAACAGAACUUCUGUUAGCAAUCACCAUAGUAGCCUAUUCUACUCAUGUGUUUAUUGCAGUUGGAAUUCCUAAGUGAGAACAUCUACUCUUUCAAUUCUGAUUUCGUGGCUCACAAGCCUGCCUAGUGUACCAGAAAUUGGAAGCAAUCAACAAGUGACUUUCUCA